CUGUUCCUCACUCUACAUCUUCAUCUUGACCUUGGAACUUCGUCUUCCUCUCGGUUCACCUACAAUAAACAUCCAAGAUGGCUGAUUCUGCCGGAUCAGAUUCCGCCGCUCCCUUAUCGGAACUCCCUCUAGAGAAACUCGAACCAAAUACCACGUCACCACCAGUGAAAUCUCCUCGCCCUCACGUCGAUGAUUUGGCCACAUCCAUUCUCAGCCAUGACGAUACACCCGCGCCCGCAGUCCAGGAUCAGAAGGCAUCGCUAGCCGCUCGCAUGGCUCGCUUUAAAAGUCUUCGAUCGGUGAAGAUUGCCGCAAAAAAGGAGACACGUGAGGUUGGCGCACUUGAACCGAAACAGGAUCAGGUUGAAGAAGAUCAACAACAAAGAAAGCUGGAAGAGAAGCGAGCGAGAGCGCAAUUCAAACUUGAGAAGAUGAAUGAUCCUGAUGGGCGCAAACAGGCGUUCGACUAUACAGCAGAAGAAUCCCAGCAAUGGGACAAGCGCACGACGAGAAAGCGGAAGAAUCGCGAAGAUAAUGCAUUCAAUAAUCACGAAAGGGAAGCCAACAAGACCUAUAAACGCCAAGUUCGACGAAUGGACGACGCCAAUCGUGAACGUUACCAAUUACAAAAAGCGGAAAAGAUCCAAGAACACCUGGACAAGGGUUGGCUACAGCUCCUCGAGGACGAGAAUGGCGAGAAAUUCGUUUAUGAUCCAAAGACCGGAAAAAGGAACGAGCCAGCGGAGGAGGAAUAUCAGCCCAACCACCACAAGCCAUCUGCCGAAGACAUCGACAGGGCCGUGGACGACGAGGUCAGGCGUGAGCGGGCUCGACUAGAGGCACGCGCCAAACGAAUGGCGAACCAAGAUGACGGCGGUGAUGUAACUGCCAUCAACGAGAAGAACAAGCAGUUCAAUAACAAACUCGCGAGAUUCUACAAUAAGUUCACUACCGAGACAAGGGAGAACUUCGAACGUGGCACUGCUAUCUAAGGGGAUCACGAACCGGUCUUUAGAGACACAAAUCAUUAAUUAUCCAUGCUAUACCCUUUUGUAAUUCUUGCGGAGUUUGGGAAGGCCGUCUAGCUCUCGGAGUGCUUGGCUUGGUUUCGGGUUAUGAAUAGUUUCAAGCCAAAUGAAAUUUAUGACGGGACGAUUCUGUAAAAAGCAUCGUGCUCACAUCCUUGUUUG